UAAAAAGCCACACACACACACACAAAAGUUCCAUCAUGAUAGAUGCCAGUGGCAUGCUUUCUUGUAUUAUAAAGUGGGCCGAGGGGGAAAAAGGCGGUGGGUGGUGGUGGUGGCCGGGUUUGAUUGACAAAACAAACCUACCCAAAAAUGCUAUCGAUGCUCCGCUGCUUCUAUACUUCCUCCACACACGGUCACACACCCGCCAAUGAAUUGUUGUAAAACUAAAAACACCACCCCAGAUACCAUACUUCUCCACCACCUUUUUCUCCGCAUUUCUUUCUUCUUCUUCUUCUUCUUAUUAUUAUUCCCCUAUCAUUAUCAUGUGGGUCGUUGCGAUUCCGACGUAGGUCUGGGUUACCGGGUCACGUUAGCAAUACCUCCGGCUUACAGCCCUGGGUUCGUCGGCCGGGCUUACCUAAUGGAAACUGAUGAUGAUGACCGGCAAAACCCCGGUCAGCCCAUCUUCAGAACUGCUCUUACUGUCCUGGCCCAAGCCCAACAGGACGAUGACGAUGAUGAGUAUUCUUGUUCACUGGAUCUUUUUCUUGGGAAUGUUAAAGUAUGGAGCUCCGCUCAUUUCUCCAGAUUCUACACCUCCGAUAAAUGCACUUUGGAGUUAACUCAGCUCGGGGACUUGGUGUUGAAAGGUCUCGACGACCGAGUUGGUUGGCGGUCCGGUACCGCCGGUCAGGGCGUGCAGAGACUGCACUUGCUGAGGUCGGGAAAUCUAGUUUUAGUUGAUUCCCAGAACUCCAUCAAAUGGCAAACCUUCAAUUUUCCGACAGACAUCAUGCUAUGGGGACAAAGGCUAAGUUCCAGAACUCGUCUAACCUCCUUCAUCAUCACCACAACCACCAACAAUAGCGAUAACAAAAACAACUCCUCCGGUGGCGCCAAUCCCAUGUUCUACACUUUCGAAGUUCAAUACGAUAAGAUUGUAUUAUUCUUGAAUCACGGCAAGAUGAAAUACUCUUACUGGGAAUUCAGGCCGCCUUCUGGCGAGCACAACAUCACCUACGUCGAGUUGACAUCCACUGCCCUCGAAAUCUACAACGGAAACUUCCAAAAAGUGGCUCAGAUUUCAACUUCUCCCUCUCAAUCCCAACAACAGCUAAACAGCCCCCUUAGGUUCCUUGCCCUGGAGAAUGCCACGGGAAAUCUAGGGCUUUACUACUACUCAACUCGGGAAUCCGGAUUCCAAGCUUCGUUCCAGGCGCUGAACACCACGUGUGAUCUUCCCUUGGCCUGCGACCCUUAUGGAAUUUGUACUUUGUCACAAACGUGCUCGUGUAUCAACCUGGUCACCAGGACAGCUGUCGAACCAGGAUGGCGACGAACGGGUGGCGGCUCUUCCUGUGGUGGAGUAGGAUUGUUGUCAUCGGACAGUGGCGGCAAUAAUAUCGAUGAUCAGGCUGCGGAAAUGGUGGAGUUGCGAGGCGUGACAAGUGUACUGAAAGGCGCGCUGGUGGAAGUAGAUGGUAGCAAAGCGAGAUGUGAGAAUUUUUGCCUGAAGAAUAACACUUGUGUCGCAGCUUUGUACACAACAUCAUCAUCAUCAGAUGAAGGAAGAGCUGGUUGUUACGUUUACGGAUUAGUGAGAGGGAUUAAACAGGUGGAUUCAGGAAGAUCAAACGCAUUGAUGAUGGGCGGAAGUGGUACAACUUACAUGAUUAAGGUAAGUAAAGGGACGGGGUCUGAAGAAGCCCAACAUCAGCAUUCGGGUUUGAAGAGAUGGGUGGUCAUUGUGAUUGGAGUUGGGGAUGGCUUACUUAUAUUCGUCGUUGUUGGAGGGAUUGGAUACUAUUUCAUUUAUUACAGGCCAAGAACAACCAGUAAUUAACACACACAUUUUAGUACAAUCACACAGUCACAUCACUCUGUGUGUCCUUCAAAUUUUGUUUAUUAUUUUGAUAAAGUUUUUAAUCCAAUUACUAACUCAGUUAAUUUGCAAAUGUUAAUUUGGGGUAUCUCUUUUUUUCUAAAGUUAAUCUGCAAACGUAAAUGCAUAUUCAUCUAUAUAUCUUAUUAAAACAAUAGUUC